UUGGCCAAUACUACGCAUUUCGGUUGCUAAAGAAAUAAAAAAUUGACAACGGUUCAGAAAAAAGUGCAAUGUGCUGAAAAAACUUUCCCCUGCCAUAUGGAAAGUAGCCGGGCCGCCAGGUAGAAAAAACUGUAGUCGCUCGAAUCUGUAGUUUGCUGGAAAAGGCGGUUCCAACAAAAUAAAAUGGUGACCACGAGUGAUGGCCGCUCAAGAUCUUCAAUCGCAAUGCUUGCGGUACUGAUGGGAUUGCUGUUGCUGUGCGGCCACAGCAGCAGCGCCCAGGAGGAAGAAGACAAACUAAUUUUUGCACAUGUGCUUUUCCGUCACGGAGACCGCACACCAAUCGAUCCUUACCCUAAUGAUCCUUGGAAGGAUCAUAGCCAUUGGCCGGUCGGAUGGGGAGAGUUAACCAAUCCUGGCAAAAUGCACCAUUACCAGUUGGGCCAGUGGAUCUGCGCCCGGUACGACACUUUGUUGAAGAAAACGUACAGCAACGACGAGAUAUACGUCCGUUCUACCGAUGUCGAUCGAACAUUGAUGAGUGCGGAGGCCCACCUGGCCGGACUCUACCCUCCACAGGGUGCGGAUGUGUGGGAUUCCGCCAUCACAUGGCAACCGAUUCCAGUCCACACGGUCCCAGAAGACAUGGACCAUGUGUUGGCAUCUAAAAAGCGAUGCCCGGCUUUCGAACACGCACUAAAAGAGUACCGCCGAUCGGAACCGUACCAAUCGUACAAUCGAUCCCUCGCGUCGCUGUAUGACUACCUCACGGAACACACGGGCCAAAAAUUCAAUUCUAUGACGAUGGUUCAGAACUUAUACAGCGUACUAACGAUUGAGCAAUUGAACAACUUCACACUACCCGAUUGGACGAAAUCCGUUUACCCGGAACCGCUUGCAACCGUUUCUGCGAACACGUUCGCCGUCAAAACAAACACCACGACACUGGCGCGCCUCAAAAAGGGGCCACUGGUGAAAGAGAUACUGGAACGGUUCCGUGCCAAGGCACGAGGACAACUCAAACCCAAUCGGUCGUUGUGGAUUUACAGUGCGCACGACCUAACCGUGGCGAGUCUUUUGAAUGCGAUGGGUAUGUUCGAACCACACAAUCCGCCGUUCACUGCUUGCAUUAUGCUGGAGUUACGCCAACCAGCGGACGGUGGACAACCGUACGUGCAAGUGUUUUACAAAAACACGACCGACGAACCGUUUGAACUGUCCAUUCCUGGCUGCGGGCUACGUUGCAACUUAAAUGAUAUGUUCAGUAUCUAUUCCGACAUCCUGCCGAGUGAUUGGACGAACGAAUGCAAACGCUCAAUACUGACCAUGACGUACGUAGAGGCAAAUCUCAGUGGGAACCCGGGUGUUGUGGUUGGAAUCGCUCUGACUCUUUCCGCUUCGGUGGUGGUCCUCUUGGCGAUGGUUUGCAUUGCCAAGCAGCGAAAUAGAAUGGACAUGGAACGGUUGUACCUUCGCGCUUAGAGUCACUAGAUUUUUGUGUGAACGAGUGUAGCGUGUCGGAAAUCCGUGUUCUGUUCAAAAGAAGUAUUUUUGCAUGUGAAAAGUCUGGAAGCCAAAGCACUGGUUAGAUGAGGACGAUGAUAGGCCAUAAGAUCAUUUACAUUUGGUCGGACCAUUAGCGAAAUUAAAAUGCAUGUAUUUUCAUUCACAUCAAAAUGACAAAAACAAACAUAAUUUAUGAAAAUUUGUACUCUCCGUGUAUAAUGGGCAUUACGAAAAUAAAGCAAUACUGCCGCUGCCCCAUCAAAAC